UUUAAAAACACUGCAUAUAUUUAGCGAUGCAACGUUGGAAUGCGUUUACCUGCGGAACCUUGAGGUAUAAAUAGAUUAUUUGUUUAUAUGUUUAAAUAUAUACAGACAACUCGUGGACUUAUCUAGAACAUACUGGUAACAACUGAAUGGAUUCUACAUAGACUUGAACAUUAUUUUCAUUAUGGUGUUAUCCAACAAUGAAUGGAAAUGUUACAGGUGUACCUGAAGAGAACGGUGGUACUUCAGUAUUAUCGGCGGGUGAUUCCUCGACGUUACUUGUGUCAACAACAACAACGCUUCCAUCAGUUCACCAUGAUAUAAAUUAUGAUCCACCCAAGCAAUUUGAAAGGUAUGAAGCAGAAGGGACAAUUCAUCUGGUGGCCGUGGUAUCCAGUGUUAUUGUGUUCAUUGGGAUGAUAUUUACUCUCAAAUCCAUUGUAAGCUUUUUAAGGGCCCCUCGACGACCCAGUAACAAUACGUGUAGUGGCAUUAGACCUGGUCCAUCUUUUCUCAACUGGCUGGCAGACGAGCCUCCUCCCUACCCUGGUAAAUAUUCACGGACAAAUGUGAAUUAUCUCCCUUCUUACGAAUCUGCACUUGAUAUUGAUCGACGUCUGCGAUGGGCACGUGAUGCAGCGGAAGUGGCAAGGUCCAAGGAGGAGGAAGUGAACCAAAAGGCACUUACAUCAGAAGAACUGACUAGUGAUGGCGGAGAUGAUGUAACAGCAGUUGUAUUUAUUCUGGGUGGAGACUUAGAAACAAAUCAAGAAAACUCAGCUAAUCACGGCAGUGAUAGACAGAUAAACAAUGUAUACCCAACACCAGAUACUUCUAUAGAAAUUGAAAGAGAGAGAAUAAAUGUACUUGAAGAAAGUGAUUUACAAGGGGCUACGGGAAGCCUAACACGAAACUCUGAAGAAGAUGUGGACUGUGACCGAAAUUCCUAGUAUUCAGUCUCAACUAGAACUGUGAUAACUUUUAAUACCCAGUGAUUAUCUUUAUACGUCUAAAAAUUUAGUUGUUGUUACAUAAAGUAACGUGUAUUCCAAAUAUGUUUACAUUUAUAUAUAUAUGAAAUCUUCAUAUCAAGCCAAUUUUUCUUGAUUACCUGAAGUUGAGUAUCUGUUUUAUACAUUUUUCAUUCAUAUUGAAUGAAAGUUAUGAUGAGUGAUACAUGCGUUACGGUGACUGAUCUGGGUAUACCAAUGAAGAGAGAUUAUACCCAUGUACUAAUUUAUACGUGUUCAUACAUCUGUUUAAAUUAUCAGUGAUAUCAUACAUGUAUGUUGAUAUGAUUGCUUUAUUUAAUCAUUUGAUAAAAGUCAAAAAUUCAA